UUCGGCUUCUCCUCGGCAUGUUCAAAUUCAAGUUAGGUGGAGAACUCCUGCAGUUAUCACCGGACUGGCCUAGAUCGGAUCCAAAUACUCUGGAUAUUCUGUUAAACCUCCAGUAAUCACCGGACUAGCCUAGAUCAGAUCCAAAUACCCUUGAUAUUCCGCUGCUUAACUGAGUAUGACGCAUCGAUGCUUAUCCCGAAUAUGAAACUGGAGGUCCAUUCAAAUGAAGGUUAUCUUUGUGGUGAAAUAGGUCUGAGUCUUUUGACUUAAAUAGGCAUGUCCGUUGACAUCGAGGUGGUUGGCAUUUGCUUGUGUUUCAAACAGGCCAUCGGUUAUUUCAAAAAAAAAAAAGGCCAUCGGUUAGCUCGGGUUUCUGAAAUUUGCUUUUCGAAAGGGCCUUCAGAUUCGCCAUUACUUUUACCUUAGACGUCAGAAAGCGAGAAGAGUUCGUCUGCUGGUUGCAACCGAGCACGAUGCUGUCAUUGCCCAGAACGGCGGCGGCGGUGACGGUGUAUGCGCUGCUCGCUCUUAUCGCCAGCGCCGGCGCCGCCGCUGCGGGAGGUGGCGUGCAGCCGCUGUCGAGGAUCGCCAUCCACCGCGCCACCGCUGCGCCCCAGCCGGGUGCCUUCGUCGACGCGUCGCCGGCCCUUCUCGGCCUGGAGGGGGAGGACAGAGAAUGGGUGACCGUCACAUAUAGUAACCCCAGGCCUUCGAAGGAUGACUGGAUUGGAGUCUUCUCUCCUGCUAAUUUCAAUGAUUCCAUUUGUCCACAAGAGAACGAAUGGGUGGAGUCCCCUCUUUUAUGCACAGCUCCUAUCAAGUUCCAAUUUGCAAACUACACGAAUCGUGAUUAUGGAAACACUGGAAAGGGAUCCUUGAAGCUUCAGCUGAUAAAUCAGAGAGAGGGUUUCUCAUUUGCAUUGUUCUCUGGAGGCCUGUCGAAUCCAAAGCUCAUCGCCCACUCAAAGAGUGUUACUUUCAUCAACCCAAAGGCUCCGGUGUUCCCACGCUUAGCACAAGGAAAAUCUUGGAAUGAAAUGACAGUUACAUGGACAAGUGGGUAUGGUACAAAUGAGGCUACACCAUUUGUCAGAUGGGGCAUACAAGGGCAAAUCCAAAUCCUUUCUCCUGCAGGCACCCUUACUUUCAGUCGCGAGACCAUGUGUGGUCCUCCUGCAAGGACAGUUGGUUGGCGUGAUCCUGGUUUCAUACACACAAGUUUUCUCAAGGAAUUAUGGCCCAAUCUCUUGUACACAUACCAAGUUGGUCAUCACAUUUUUAAUGGCUCUAUAGUUUGGGGACAUCAGUAUAGCUUCAAAGCACCUCCUUAUCCUGGGGAAGACUCUUUGCAACGUGUUGUAAUUUUUGGGGAUAUGGGCAAGGCUGAGGUUGAUGGUUCAAAUGAGUUCAAUGGCUUUGAGCCUGCUUCACUUAACACAACGAACCAGCUAAUUAAAGACUUGAAGAAUAUUGAUGUGGUUUUCCAUAUUGGAGACAUCGCAUAUGCCAAUGGCUAUCUGUCACAAUGGGAUCAAUUCACUGCACAGGUUGAGCCCAUUGCUUCUACUGUGCCUUACAUGGUUGCGAGUGGUAACCACGAAAGGGAUUGGCCUGGAUCAGGAUCUUUCUACGGAAAUCUUGACUCAGGUGGUGAAUGUGGGGUACCAGCUCAGAAUAUGUUCUACGUGCCAGCAGAAAACCGCGAGCAGUUCUGGUACUCAAUGGACUACGGGAUGUUCCGUUUCUGCAUAUCCAAUACCGAGUUGGACUGGAGGGCAGGCACGGAGCAGUACAGGUUCAUCGAGCACUGCCUGUCGUCUGUUGAUCGGCAGAAACAGCCAUGGCUCAUCUUCCUCGCGCACCGUGUUCUGGGUUACUCGUCUGCCACCUUCUACGCCGACGAAGGAACAACCGAGGAGCCCAUGGGACGCGAGAGCCUUCAGUCACUCUGGCAGAAGCACAAGGUCGACAUCGCUAUGUAUGGCCACGUCCACGGCUACGAGCGGACCUGCCCAGUAUACGAGAACGCGUGUGUCGCCAAGGGGUCUAACCUCUACACCGGCGCUUUCACGGCGACGACGCACGUCGUGGUGGGCGGCGGCGGCGCCAGCCUCGCCGACUACACAGCCGUGCGGGCGCGGUGGAGCCACGUGCGGGACCGCGACUUUGGGUUCGCGAAGCUGACGGCGUUCAACCACACGACGCUGCUGUUUGAGUACAAGAAGAGCCGGGACGGCAGCGUGCACGACCACUUCACCGUCUCCCGCGACUACCGCGACGUCCUGGCCUGCGGCGUCGACAACUGCCCGAGCACCACCCUGGCGUCGUGAGCCCCCGGCCCGGCCGGCCUCGUGUCGAUUCGAUUUGUUUACAACGUGCUGUACUGCUGUUCAUUGAAUUUUGAAUAUCCGAGGACUAACUUCACUGGCAAUCCCAUCCUGAGCGUCUACUGGUACAGCGGUAGGAAACAGUGAAACUCAGUGUGCUGGUACGAGCUGUGUUUAUAUAGUAGGCAACAAAAUGGCCAACAAACAUAAGUAUACAUAUUGCUUUUGUGGUAACGAAAUUCGGUUACACC